AUGUCUUCCUCGAACUCCAUUACAGAAUAUGGCUUGACUGCCGUCCCUGCAUCUGCAUCCACGCUUCUCAACUCUCCUCCCAAGCCGUCCUCGCCGCCCCCUUUCAUCCCCGUCGCUGAAACGCCCGUGCCAACGACACCUCUGGCGAAGCGCGUCCAAGCCUACGCCAGCCAACACCUCCCCGAACCCAUGUACCACCACGCCCUUCGGGUGUACCAUUACGGUCUGGCGAUCAAGAAAUACCGCUUCCCGGGCUGGAACUUCUCUGACGAGACUUACUUUCUGGCGUGUCUGCUGCACGACAUCGGAGCCACGGAGGAGAACGUCCAGAAGACUCGCCUGAGCUUUGAGUUCUACGGGGGAUUCCUUGCGCUGGAUGUGCUGCAGGAUGCGGCGGCAUCACCAGACGCCAUAGCUCCCCGGGAGCAGGCCGAGAGCAUCGCAGAGGCAAUCAUUCGCCAUCAAGAUCUGUGCGAAGUGGGAGCGAUCACUGCCGUUGGGCAAUUGCUUCAGCUGGCGACGAUUUUUGAUAUUAUACCAUUGUCUGAACAAAGUAUGCUUUUAACAGACAAUACUGGUUCCUACGCGGAUCUCGUCUAUCCAUCCACCAUCGAGGACGUCUCAAAGCAUUUCCCCCGUCUGAAAUGGAGCAAUUGCUUCGCGGCGACAAUCCGUCGUGAGAACAGCCUGAAGCCCUGGGCUCAUACCACCGUGCUGGGGGAAGAAGCGUUCCCGGCCAAAGUGCUGGGAAACAAGCUGAUGGCUCCGUAUGAGUGA